AUAAUAAUUGAGACAGACAAUCGUUGACAGAGAAGAUAAAGAAGAAAAGUCGCAAGGAGAGUCACUUUCUCUAAUUUCCUUUGGCUCCAAGGCGUGCUCUCACUAUAUAUACCGUCUCCUUCCUCCUCGCUCUUUCCAUAUUCUUCAACACACUCUCUCUCUCUCUCUAGCCCCUGAGAAAAUCGAAAUCAGCUGUAAUUGAUUCCGGAGAUUGUUCUUUGUUUCUUCCUUCGUUAAUUUCUCGUCAGAAGCAUUUUGUGAAUAGUUGUACGCUCAUUGCAUCAACAGCAGCAACGACGGGUUCAGGAUCCGGUUUUGUAUUUGUGGAGUCAGAGAAUAAUAAUAUGAGCUCUCAAGUCAGAAGAGACAGGCCUCGUUCCAAUCCUCACCAAACAUGGGUUCCUAGAGGUGCAGCUAACUCUGUGGCAGCGGCGGUUGUGAAUGAGCCUUCUUUACCUCCUCCUGCUAAUACAGACCGAACUUCAGAAAGCCUUGACGCUGGUGCUGCUGCUUCACGUCCUCUUCGGCAGCGUAACGGUUCUGCUCGUCCCUCUUAUAACAACCACCAAAGGAGUAAUAAUGUUGUUGGUCCGCCUCCACCUAGUCGACAAAGAAGAAAUAAUGCUCCGGGAAUUUUGCCUGAUUAUCGCCAUAGAGUUGCGUCUAGGACUCAGCCUGUGAAUCAGGGGAAAAAGGUGGUUAAGGAGGAGGAGAACACUACUGUGUUGGCAGACGCGAACUUGCCUCAGCUUGUUCAAGAGUUACAAGAUAAGCUGGUGAAGAGCUCUAUUGAGUGUAUGAUUUGUUAUGACAUGGUUGGACGGUCUGCUAAUAUAUGGUCUUGCUCAAGCUGUUACUCCAUCUUCCACAUGCAUUGUAUCAAGAAGUGGGCUCGAGCACCGACUUCUGUUGAUCUGUUGGCUGAGAAGAAUCAAGGCGAUAAUUGGAGGUGUCCGGGUUGCCAAUCUGUGCAGCUGACGUCGUCAAGAGAGAUAUGCUAUCGGUGCUUUUGUGGGAAGAGAAAGGAUCCUCCAUCUGAUCCGUAUCUGACUCCUCACUCAUGCGGGGAGCCAUGUGGGAAGCCGCUGGAGAGAGAGGUUUCUGCUGAGAUGGAUAAAGAUGAUCUUUGUCCUCAUUCCUGUGUCCUGCAGUGUCAUCCCGGUCCAUGUCCUCCCUGUAAAGCGUUUGCUCCACCUCGUAGCUGUCCUUGUGGCAAAAAGAUGAUUCAUACUCGAUGCUCUGAGCGGAGAUCUGUUCUUGUUUGUGGGCAGCGGUGCGAGAAGCUUCUCGACUGUGGACGUCAUCGGUGUGAAAGGACGUGUCACGUUGGCCCUUGUGAUCCUUGUCAGGUACCAGUAAAUGCCACUUGUUUCUGCAAGAAAAAAGCGGAGACUGUUAUUUGCGGAGAGAUGAACGUGAAGGGAGAGUUGAAAGCAGACGAUGGUGUGUAUUCAUGCAAUUCUAACUGUGGGAAGCCUCUUGGAUGUGGUAAUCAUUUCUGCUCCGAGGUUUGUCAUCCUGGGCCUUGCGGGGACUGUGACUUACUGCCUAGUAAAGUUAAGACGUGCUAUUGUGGAAAAACUCGCCUAGAAGAGCAGAUCAGGAGUAGUUGCUUGGACCCAAUUCCUUCUUGUUCAAACACGUGCAGGAAGGUUCUUCCGUGUGGGUUACAUACUUGCAACGAAGUUUGCCAUUCGGGUGAUUGCCCUCCUUGUUUAGUCAAAGUCAACCAGAAAUGCCGGUGUGGGUCAUCAUUCAGGACCGUGGAAUGCUACUUCACAACCUCUUCGGAGACGGAGAAGUUUGUGUGCGCUAAGUCAUGCGGGCGUAAGAAAAACUGUGGGAGGCAUAGAUGUAGCGAGCGUUGCUGCCCUCUCUUGAACGCGAAGAAGAAUGAUCUAUCUGGUGAUUGGGACCCACACGCCUGUCAGUUACCAUGUGGGAAGAACCUAAGGUGCGGGCAGCAUUCUUGUGAAUCGUCAUGUCACAGUGGCCAUUGCCCUCCUUGCCUCGAAAUGAUAUUCACUGAUCUUACAUGUGCUUGUGGAAGAACUUCGAUUCCUCCACCACUACCUUGUGGGACACCUGUUCCGAGCUGCCAGCUUCCAUGCUCGAUUCCUCAGCCUUGUGGCCAUUCCGCUACGCAUGGAUGCCAUUUUGGAGAUUGCCCUCCUUGUUCUGCCCCCGUGGAAAAGAAAUGUGUUGGUGGUCACGUGGUUCUCAGAAACAUACCUUGUGGGUUGAAAGACAUUAGAUGUAACAAGAUCUGUGGCAAGACGAGACGUUGUGGCUUGCAUGCUUGUGCCAGAACCUGUCACCCAGAGCCUUGUGACGGUUACAAUGAAUCUGAAGCAGUUUCGCGUGUUACAUGUGGACAGACGUGUGGUGCUCCUAGAAGAGAUUGCAGGCACGUUUGUGCAGCACUAUGCCAUCCUUCUUUGCCUUGCCCUGACUCGAGAUGUGAGUUUCCAGUUACAAUUACAUGUUCUUGUGGUCGCUUAACUGCCACAGUCCCUUGUGAUGCUGGAGGAGAAAGCGCCGGCAAUCUUCGUGUUGGUUCUGUCAAUAAAACCUCUGUUUUGAAUAAGCUUCCAACGCCACUUCAGCCUGUUGAGUCGAGCGAUAACCGAAUCCCUCUCGGGCAGAGAAAGCUUUCGUGUGAUGAUGAGUGUGCUAAGCAGGAGCGUAAGAGGGUUCUUCAGGAUGCGUUUGACAUCACAACUCCAAAUCUUGACUCAUUACAUUUCAGCGAGAACUCUGCUAUGACAGAGAUAAUUUCAGACAUCUAUAGGCGUGAUCCGAAGUGGGUACUGGCUGUUGAAGAGCGCCUCAAGUUCCUGGUACUUGGGAAAGCCAGAGGAAGCACAAGUGCCCUCAAGGUCCAUGUCUUCUGCCCAAUGCAAAAGGAUAAACUAGACAUGGUUCGGCUUCUAGCUGAGAGGUGGAAACUUGCGGUUAGCAACGGAGGGUGGGAGCCAAAAAAGUUUAUAGUUGUUCACGUUACACAAAAGUCGAAACCUCCAACACGGAUCAUUGGAGCUAGGGGUGGUGCUAUCUCAGUAGGCGGGCCUCACCCACCGUCCUUUGAUCCGCUGGUGGAUAUGGAUCCUAGGCUUGUGGUUUCUUUAUUGGAUCUCCCGAGGGAGGCGAAUGUCAGCGCGGUGGUACUGAGAUUUGGGGGUGAGUGUGAGCUUGUUUGGCUGAAUGACAAGAACGCUUUGGCCGUGUUCCACGACCCUGCUCGAGCCGCUACUGCCAUGAGGAGGCUGGACCACGGUUCUGUAUACAAUGGAGCCGUGGUUGUCCAGAACGCCGCGCAAUCUCAGUCACUCGGUAAUAAUGCAUGGGGAAAACUACCCAGCAGCUCAUCGUGGGAUGUGCAGAAAGCAAAUCCAUGGAAGAAAGCAGUGAUUCAGGAGAGUGAUGACUCAUGGGGAGCUGAUGAUUCCCCCAUUGGAGGAUCAUCUACAGAUACUCAAGCCUCUGCUUGGCGAUCAGCAACGAGCAACGCUCCAAUCGUCACCUCAGCUAACCGUUGGAGUGUAUUGGAGCCGGAGAAGCCCAAAACUUCCGCUUUGGAGCCAUUGGUUCAGUCAGGAGAGAGCAGCAGCUCAGAAGCUGCCGGUAAAAAGCUGGUGGAAGGCUCUGGGGAAGAAGUGGUAGAUGAUUGGGAGAAGGUAUGCGAGUGAGAAUAUGACAAUGACGAUGACUUAUUUUUUCUACUAUUUGCAAUGUAUUAAAACGACAGGUUCAGAUUUUAUAUAAUUUAGACUGUAUGCGUUCACAACUGCUGUGAGCCUAGAUGAUAAGUCAACGACCGUUUCUGUCUUGGUGUUCUUUUACUUUUGUUUCUUGACUGCUACGUAACAUGAAGUGAUAAAUACACUAUGAGGUAAUAAGUUUGUUCAUU